UCAAUUCUCCUCUUCCAUUCAGCCCUCUGUUAGGUUUGUCUGUCCGAGGAUUUGAUCGAGGUUUCGAAACAUCUUCCCUUUUACGGUGCAAGGUUGAAUAUAAACAUGAUAUGAUUCUCUCAAAGCAAAAUACUAAAUUAAUAGGACCUGAAGGUUCAUUUAACAACAUUAAUGUCAAAGCUCACCAUUGCUAGUUCAGUCUUAGACAUAUCUUCACAACAUACCUCAACAAGAUUCACUUUAAUAUUAUCCUCUCUUCUCAGUUGCUUUUCAGGAAGUCUUCCCAUUAAAUUUAUGUACUAUUUCUGGAAUACUCCAUCCAAGCUGCAUGUCUAGACCAUCACAAUGGUUCUUAUAAAAUGGAAGUGACAGAUUGUAGAUCAUUUAGCGAUAGUGGUCUUACUAUUAGACACGCCUGUCCAAGCUGCUAGUCACUGUCACUGUCCCAAUAUCUGACAGUUUAUAAAAUGCUAUCUGCAAUACUCGCAAACUUCUGGACGGAAUAUAUUAAGUAUGUACACAUAAUAUGACACGAAAUGUGCACAUAGCAUAACCUUUCUGGUGUUUUAUUCAGAAUUUAUCUUAGACCUUUAUGAAUGGUACCAGCGAUGUUGGAAUUGUCUGGGUGGCUGGGGAUUCCACAGGUAACGUACUAGUUACGAUGAGGGCUUAUCAUCCCUACGUCCAACUACAAAGCUGAAGGACUACCCCUUGUUGACAGUCUAAGUGCUUAUUCAUUACAUUCGGGUAUAUGCUAUCCACAUCUGGAUCACAUCUUGGCUAUGCAAAUUCUGGGAUAGUACUUUAAGAAAUAGGCCACAAACAUUUGCUUCAUUAUCUUCCUCAUUCAUCAUUAACAAGUACUUUCUCAUUGAACAGUGUACUCUAGUUGAAGAAGUUUUGUAAAACAAGUAGAAAUAAACAACAUGAUCGCUGGUAAAUCAUGAAAAUAUGAAAGGAAAACUGCAAAUGGUAUAUUCAGGAAUUCUGUCCUGUGACAUGCUGGAGAAAAUGAUAAUGAGGCUACCUUAAUACAGAUGGAUCUAGUGGUUAUUUGUAUAGGAAUUUAAUGUGUGACUCUUGUUUUUGCUAAAUGUAGGUUCUGCUAAUCUUUAUCAAACAUAAAGUCACACUGAGCAGAUAAGGAGUGCACUUAUCUGGUGGAUGAUUAGAUUGCCUUGGCACUAGGCACACUCUCUAAUUGUAGCUCUCCCAAGAUGGGUCCCAACCUGGCAUGUGUUCUACUGCUGGUUUGUUUUUGUGCUGCAGAAGUCAGUAUAGAAGGAAACAUACCUGAUGUUAAUACAGAGGAAAGCAUACCAGAAGUCAGUAGAGGAAAAAGGAAUCCUCAAGUUAGUGCUGAAGAAAGCACUAAUGAAGUAGUUGUGGAAGAAAGCAUGCCUGAAGCCAAUACGCAAGAAAGCAAUCCAGAAGGAAAUGCAAAAGAAAGCACUCCUGAAGUAGUUGUGGAAGAAAGCAUGCCUGAAGUCAGAAUGGAAGAAAGUUCUCCUGAGGUUAGUGUGGAAGAAAACACAACUGAAGUAAACAUGGAAGAAAGCGCUUCUGAAGUCCCUGAAAAAGAGAUUGAACCUGUAGUCAGCACAAUUGAAGGGAAAUUGCGGGGCACAACCCUCCGCACUCACAAGGGGAAAAUCAUCUAUGCAUUUCUUGGCAUUCCAUAUGCCACCCCUCCAACUGGCCAGUUGAGGUUCAUGCCUCCGAAGCCAUUUAGACCAUGGCAUGGGAUGCGAGAUGCUAAAAAGGAGGGUCAGAGUUGCCCUCAGCUGACCUACCCAGAGCGCAAGUAUGAAGGCUCAGAGGACUGUCUGUACCUCAAUGUUUACACCUCAAAGAUGCCAAACAUAUCGAGUUUGGAGACAGCCCUUCAGGAUGUCGUGGUGGUACUCCACGAUGGUGGUUUCUCACAUGGGUCAGGUGACAUUGCAAUGUACGGCCCAGAUUAUUUACUGGAUCAUGACGUUGUUAUGGUCACCUGCAAUUAUCGCCUCGGUGCCCUUGGUUUCUUAGCAACAGGAGAUGAAUCUGCGUCAGGCAACUACGGACUCAAGGACCAGGUGGAUGUGAUGCGGUGGGUGCGUCGUAACAUCCACAAUUUUUCUGGAAACCCUAACAGCGUGACGCUGUUUGGGGCAGGUGCAGGAGCUGCCAGCGUGCACUACCACAUGUUGUCUGUCCUCUCACAUAAAUUGUUUCACCGAGCGAUAUCCCAGUCUGGCACUGCUCUCUCGCCCUGGGCCCACGUUAGGGCUACAACAGCCCGAAAGCGAGCCUUUAAGCUAGGCAAGUUGCUGGGCUGUAAGAAGAAGGAAUUGGAAGAAACAGAGCAACUAAUCAAAUGCAUCGGCAGGAAACCUGUAAAAGACCUGGUAGAGGAAUCAGCCAAAAUCUUGGAGUACUCAACAAGAUUCACACACCCGUUCGUGCCUGUUGAAGAUGAAGUUGUGCUGAAAAAUAAGAAACCCCUGCUCCACGACAGACCCAUCAACAUUAUGAAGAAACCUGUCCCUGCCUUGUGGGAGAUUCCAUGGCUUGUAGGCGUCACUUCACACGAGGGGUUGCCACAGUCACUCCAGGUGAUGCUGUAUCAAGAUCUGAAAGAAGGUCUAGACAAGGAACCUGCAAAGAACAUACUGAAGUAUCUCGGAUUCGAUGUCCAGCCAGAGAAGGCUCAGGAGGUUGGACAGAAGAUCUGGGAGUUUUACCUCCACAAUGACACAAUCUCAUAUGGGACUAACCUCGUUAAACUGGCUGAGAUGACCACAGACUUCAACUAUUACUAUGGACUACAGAAGAGUGUGGAAACCCACAUAGCUGCUAGUGACACUCCCAUAUUUGUUUACCACUUUUCAUACAGCAGGCGAGACCCUCGAUUCUCUCUCGGGGUGCCACACGGAGAUGAUACGCUCUACUUGUUUCCAAAUAUUAUUGCCGGCACGAAGCUUGUCAUAGACAAAGAACACUUUCAUAUCAUCGAGCGCCUGCUGCACAUUAUUACCAAUUUUGUACGAAAUGGGGAUCCGACACCACAAGAAACUCCAGAGCUAAAUAACAUUUUGUGGCCAGUCAUUGAACCAAACAACUUCAAAUAUGUAGACAUCAGCGAGAAACUGACAAUCAAGAAUAAUUUCUUUCCUGAACGAAUGGCAUUCUGGGACAGCAUAUUCAAGAUGGUUGAAGAGACACCAAAAGUGGUUAAGGAUGAGUUAUGAUAGGUGCAAAGCAGCAAAUGAAUUGCCAGGACUGUAAAUGUGUAGUAAUAAAGGUUCUCCAACCAAUA